AUGCCACGUCCAAGGCAACCAGACAUGCCCUGGAAAUCAUACUUGCUUCCCGAAAAUGCCUUGCUUCAAUUCAAGCAAUCAUCCACAAAGAAAGUGUCCAGUUACCGGAAGCUCAAAUAUGCCGCCAUUUUGAAGUGGAGUUCAUUGUUACUCGACCUGAAAAUCCUUCACUUGCGAAUAGACGACACGACAGCUUUAGCAGAAAGGAAAGCCAGAAAGAAAAUGAAAAUACAUCAUGGUGAAUGCGUAAUUAUUCCUUGCUUUUUUCUUCUUCUUCUUCUUCUUCUUCUUCUUUUUCUUCUUCUUCUGCCUGACAUUAUCCCUUACUUCCCUGUAUCUAUCUAUUUAUCUAUAUAUUUUAACAGCACCCCCGCCCAGCUUAGAUCAAAUAUCACUAUUCCUUCUCCAUUCUUUUUCGAUUUAUUAAUUCAGCCAGCCGCUCUCUCGCUCCGUUUGAGAGAGAGGUAG